AUGGCCAAAAAACAUAGUAGACCUGAACAAAUCCAAGUCCCAUCAAUAAACAUUGUAUCAAAUUGGAACAGACUUUUAUGUUUAUUCGUUUUUGAUCUAGGUUCCCUCCUGAUCAACAACAUCAAACCUGUAGAGUGGAAUAAACAAGCGUUCGAUCGAUUAGUCCUCCCACAUAAAAUCAAAGACAUCGUUAAGUCACUGGGGAUGGUGCGCGCGCCACAAUCCAGAUCGGAGGGACGCCACAUGCUCAACGGUAUGCGGGAUGAUUUGAUCGUGGGCAAGGGAAACGGGCUUAUUAUGCUGUUGCAUGGGGGGCCGGGCACAGGGAAGACGCUGACAGCCGUUGCUUUCAGUGUCGCGGAGCUCGCCGAAAUGCCCCUUUACAGCGUCACAUGUGGCGAUAUUGGCACAAAGCCUGAGCAGGUCGAGAACUAUUUACAGGUGGUUCUCAUGCUUGGAAAGAGAUGGAACUGCGUCCUUCUUCUGGAUGAGGCAGAUGUAUUCCUCGAAGAAAGAUCACUUGCAGACCUCGAACGCAACAGUCUCGUCUCUGUUUUUCUUCGAACUCUCGAGUAUUACGAGGGCAUCCUCGUCCUAACCAGCAACCGCAUCGGCAUCUUCGACGCCGCGUUUACCUCUCGGAUCCAAGUGGCAUUACACUACGAUACCCUCAACGCCUCACGGCGCCGGGUCUGGCAAAACUUUUUCGACAUGCUGCACACUGAGAACCCUGACAACAUCGCCAGCACCGGCAUCGAGGGCAACGUGGAGAAGGUUGACAUGGACGACUUGCGGGCGCACAUGGAUGAGCUUGCCAGUCACGAGAUGAACGGCCGCCAGAUUCGCAAUGUCUUUAACACGGCGCGCCAGCUUGCCAUUUUCAAGAAGGAAACGUUCGCCUGGAGCCACCUCAGCCAGGCCCUGGCGACUGUUGGAGACUUUAAUAAGUACUUGCGAAGGCUGCAUGGGCACUCGGAAGACCAGUGGGCGAGGGAUGAGAGGAUAAGAUGA